AUGGAUCAAACCACACACUGGGUCCACACCUGGGCCGCGAUGCCCAUGCGUUCCGAACCAGAUAAACUACCCCCGAAAGAAUUUACUAGAGAUACAAUCAUAUUUCACAAUACCACGAUCCGACAAACUGUCAAGAUCACCCUGGGCACUGAGAAGUUGUUUCGUCUCCGAUUAUCCAACGCCUUCGGCACCGAUGAUCUGACAGUAAACCAAAUAACGGUGGCCCUGGCAAAGAACAAUUUAUCAGGAACUACCAAAAUCGAAGCGCAUACGUUACAGAACGUCACAUUUGACGGCGGGCUGGUUACAACAACAAUCGUAGGCGGGGCGCAAGCUGUCUCUGAUCCGAUCGAUUUUGGAUUUCCCUUAUCGCCAAACACAGUGCUCAGCAUUAGUCUCUUUCUGGAGAACGGACAGUACAGUAAAACUGGGAUUACUUCGCAUCCAGGUAGCCGGACCACGUCAUUUUGUAGUCUGGGAAAUUACGUGUCUGAACCCGAAUUGACUGACCCUUCGGUUCAGGAGGUGGAACAUUGGUUCUAUAUAUCAGGAAUUGAAGUUCUGGCUCCGCGUGAAUCGUGCGCCUUCGUUAUUAUUGGCGACAGCAUCACGGACGGAAGAUGUAGUACAACCAAUGGCAAUGAUCGCUGGCCCGAUCUUCUCUUUACCCGCCUCCAGUCCAACCCAGCCACUGCAUCCAUUUCUAUCCUCAACCAGGCAGCUGGUGGCAACCGCAUCCUCGCAGAUGGAAUCGGUCCCAAUGUUCUCAGCCGCCUCGACCGUGAUGUCCUAUCUCAAUCAGGAGUGAAAUACGUUCUCAUCUUUGAAGGUGUGAAUGAUAUUGGAACUGCUGAAGCUAACGAGGAGAGCCAGGCGAUGAUUGGCGAUCGAAUAAUCGCCGGGUAUAGACAGGUCGCGACAAGAGUACAUGCUCAUGGGAUUUCAAUCUUUGCUGCAACAAUCACACCCUUCGGAUUGAGAAAAGAGGAGCAUGUGGUUGAUGCGGAGGCUGAGGGCAUCACGGGGUAUGCGAAUCCAAUCCGGGAACCCACGAGACAAAGAGUGAACGAAUGGAUUCGGAGCAGCGGUGUUUUUGACGCUGUUAUUGAUUUUGACCAAGUCCUGAAGGACGAAGAGGAGAGUGGGGUGUUGAGAAGAGAGUUCGAUUCGGGUGAUCGGCUACAUCCUAAUACGCUAGCCUUCAAGGCGUUGGCGGACUUUUUCCCUUUGGAAGUCUUCGAUGGGGUUUGA